AUGGUUUUCACGUGUCUGGUGCUAAGUGUUUUUUCAACAAUCAAAGACUUCGAACUAUUAGCCGGUGCCAUACUGCUGCGAAUGGAGAUCGUGAUGGUCAUCUGGUUCAGCAUCGAGUUUUUCUGCCGGCUAUGGUCGGCAGGCUGCCGGUCCAGGUACCAAGGGUGGAUGGGGAGGCUACGCUUCCUCCGAAGCCCCUUCUGUGUGAUAGACGUGAUCGUCAUCGUGGCGUCGGUGGUGGUCCUGGCCAUGGGCAGCAGCGGCCAGAUGUUCGCAGCAUCGGCGCUCCGAGGUCUCCGGUUCUUCCAGAUCCUCCGGAUGGUGCGCAUGGACAGGCGAGGGGGCACCUGGAAGUUGCUCGGAUCUGUCGUCUACGCGCACCGUCAGGAGCUCAUCACCACAUUGUACAUCGGAUUUCUAGGACUCAUCUUUUCUUCAUUUCUUGUAUUUCUCGCCGAGAAAGAUGUCAACCCUGAAAAGUUUGGCAAUUAUGCCGAUGCCCUUUGGUGGGGUGUGAUCACCCUCUGUACAGUAGGUUAUGGUGACACCGUGCCCGUCACGUGGCCCGGGAAGUUGAUUGCAUCUUUUUGUGCUCUCAUGGGAAUCUCCUUCUUUGCUCUGCCUGCAGGAAUCCUGGGGUCUGGAUUUGCGCUCAAAGUACAACAGCAGCAGCGACAAAAGCACAUGAUCCGACGGCGUGUGCCAGCUGCUACUCUAAUCCAGUGCCUGUGGAGGUGCUACGCCGCAGAUGAAAACUCCAUGUCCGUGGCAACGUGGAAGAUUCAUCAGGUCCCUCUGCCCAGUCCACCAACCUAUGCCUCAGGGUCGUUCACAAGCACAAAGCGCAGAGACAGACUGGACCUGCCAGCCCCAGGUGCUGGAAUUCUGUUCAAGCACAACACGUCUUUCGUGAGCAGGCUGUCUACGAUACGUCGGCACCGACAGCCCGCCACUCCGUCGCACUUGCAUUCCCCGAUGUCCCGGAGUCGCUACCACUGCGACUCUAACGCCAGCCAGGACAAUGUCAUGCACUCGGGGAGGCUUCCGGCCAGCUUCAGCGAGGACAGCGUCGCCAGAGACAUCUCCGAUGCCUCAAAACGAAACUCGGACGACGAAGAGCCUGAAGAACCUAGGCUUACAGUGCUCACGAAACAGCAUAAAAAUGCUAUUAGAUCGCUCAGAAAGAUUAAAUAUUUCGUAGCGCGGAGGAAAUUUAAGGAGGCCCUGAAGCCUUAUGAUGUGAAAGACGUCAUCGAACAAUACUCAGCCGGUCAUGUUGAUCUCCUUGGACGAACCAAGAAUAUCCAAUUCAGACUGGACCAAAUAUUAGGAAAAGUUGGCUCCAAAGCAAAAGAUGUUUACGAAUCAAAGAUAAGCCUAGCAUCGAGGAUCGUGAAAGUUGAGCGAGCCGUCGAGGACAUCGAGUCCAAGCUGGACCAGCUAAUGGAGAUGUAUAUGGAGGACAGGGCGCGACUGUUGGCCGUACCCGCCGUGCCUCCGCCAGGGCUCAGCCUGCGUCACCAGCCGCCGCCACCACCGCCACCGUCAGCGGCGCCUUCCAUGGCACCCUCGCCACCGCCUCCGCCCCAGCCACCACCUCAGCCACAGCCACAGCCGGUGAGCGGGGCAGCUCCGGCGCCGCCGCGAGCCACCCUGCUGGACAAGCAGUGCAGCGAGCCCAACACGCCGGUCACCAAGACCUUCGAGCGGCCCACUGUCAUGCAGCGUGGCAACUCGGACUUGGGCACGCGGCUGAGGCGCCGCAACCAGCAGAGACUCCAGGCCGCCGAGGCACCCAUGGAGGACCGGGGCGGACCCACGACGGCCGCGUCUUCGUCGAUGGCCAGCACAUCGGAGAGCGCGGCGGCCAGCGACGACGAGCCGAGCGGAGCUGAGGAGGAAGACGUGAGCGUGGUCACCGUGUCCGUCACGGAGACGGCCGCGCUCCUCAGGCCGACGCUGCACAACUUCUCCUCCGCCUGAUUUCCAGGCCGGGACGUCGCGGGGCGACGCCUCCUGCUCGCGCGUGAGUCGGCGGCGGAACGCAGCGCCGGCGCGCCGCCGACCGGAGGCCGUCACCCGCGCCGCCCGGCUACACAGACGGCGGUCGUGAUGACGCGGCACCGCAUACCGAUCGUGACCACGAUGCUGCCCUUGCGCGCAUCCUAGCGCACCCUGUUUCACGACGCGAUUUUACGGGAGGCCCGUGACAAAACGCGAUGUUUCGCAUGAGCACGUUCUCACUCGUUCAACUGCCGCUAAACGACAGUCUGACCUUGCCCCGGCGGUGGGCGCUUUGCACCGAAGGUUGCGCACCACCGCACCGUAGCAAAACAGUUUGUUUACUGAUUCGUUCGACACUAAUUAUUUCCGCUACUGUGGGCGACACGAAUUCGCAGAAAGCUGUAUAGGAUGAAUUUUUUUAGGCAGUCACGUAAAAUUGCAGGAUUUACUCUAAAUUGCCACAGCGACAGCGACAAAGGUGUUAAAACUAGGAAUCGGCACAGCCUAGUCACACGACUUGUUUAAGUCAGGCGAAUAUCGCCAUGUUUGAUGGUCCACUAAAACAAAGUGCUGUGCGUUAUGAAAGGCCUUCACAUCGAUGGUGGUGCUCCGUAUAUUGUAUCGCCAUUGUGUUCAGUCCUUGUGCAGGCGAAAUACGCAAGUCUCACUGUCAGCAGAGUGGCCAGUUCUGAACCGUAAAUCCACGCGAGAACAAUGAACCGCGCUCAUUGUAGUUGCUACCUUUACGGUGCACUACGCGAAACACUAAACAGCCAAACAUUCCGAUAGCCUGAGUGGUUUGUGAUGACGGUGCUUGUCAACGAUUCAGACUGAUGCACAGAUUUUCUAGUAUACGAAAAUGUGUUUGCGAUAGAGUGGUGCUUAAUGGUUGUUCAGAGGACAUUGUUCCCAUUUGGUAGUUCUUUCAAAAUAUAUUUUGUAUAGGUAUCAAAACUAAACAAGCUUGCGACCAAAUUAGAAAGAAAGGCUUUACUAAAUAAAGCUUUGCGUAUAGUACGAUGUGCUCAAAUGUUCUUGCCUAAAGGCUACCUUCAUGUCCACACCUGCGUACAGUUGGUGCGCCGGCUAUUCUGUCUCCUUGACUACGUAUUUGUGUGCGGCUUUUAAUCGCUCAUGCUGCUUGUAUUUCUGCUGUUCGCUGUACUGCGAUGGGGAUCCUCAUCAGUCGCAGUUCUUGAUGCGCAAGAGGUUAUAAGUGAGGGCAAAUAUUUUAUGUCUCAUUUUCGUGGAGGAAGGAUAGCUUGAUGUACAUGAUUUUUUUUUUGUC